CUGAAAUCAUUAAAAAGCUCACCCCUAAUCCUAAUGAAGAAAAUACAAAUAUUGAUAUCGAAACUUUGGAAGAUAUUUUCAUAUUAGACGAAAAUCAAGAUAAUUCAGCUGAUGCUAAUAAUAAUAAAAAACAUAUGUUAUUACAUUCACCUUCAUAA